AUGAAGAGAUACCAGCAACACACCCACGCAAGCUGGCACCGCGCCUACACAGGCAAAUUCGAUUGCCCCUGGUGCCAAAACACUCACCGGCCAGAGAGCACAACACCCCAGAGCCCGAACCACAACACCCGUAAACCCGCACAGGCACAGGGCUCAGACAAUGGCAGGUCCAGCAGAGCGAAUGCGACUCCGACACCUGUCGGACAACGGAUAGCUCCCGAGAGCCCUGAGAGCUCUCAGAGCUCCGCCGUUCCUGUUGAAGAGCAGGCUGCUGGCACACCGCCCGAACCGCAGACUCCAGAGUCGGCUCCAGAGUCGGCUCCGGACGCGAACGACGAAGAGACACCAGAGCCGGAACCCGAGUCAAAUUACACGCCGUACAAUAUGGGACGGACCUCGAGGCACGGGAAUAACGCGUCGCGUCCGCCGCUUCCCGAGGAGUGGACGAAGGAGGUUGAGGAUCAGGAACACGGGUAG